GAGGGGGAAGUGCCAGGAACCGCGGCUACGCAACUACGCACACCACCGGACCGCAGACCACGCGCACACACGUUCACGACUACAAACCAGUCGAACGGCACUUCACGGCACGAGCGGAGCAGAAAAGCGUACACGGGCAUGGCAGUGUGCACUCCGUUCGGGAUGUCAGAGUCGUAAAAAAGUCGGGGCGUUCGCCGUGUGCUGUGUGCAGAAUUCGAUUCGCCUGAAACAACCGCCUGUGUCCGGGUGUUGUACCCUAGCAACCUCGUGGUUUUCGGUUCACCACAUGCAAAAGGCGCUGAGCAGCACCGUAGGUAGCGUUUGCGGACAAAAGGUUGUUGAGCUGUGGGUCGCUCGAUAAAAUCCAACUCGCGGAGCACCAGAUCGCAGAUUGCUGUGUGGCAGUGGUUCCAGUAUUACAAACUCCCGGUCCUGUGGCUGCUCCUGCAUCGAUUCACGUGCGUCUACCAGGGCCAUUACAUUUCGCGCAGUGUGGUUAUCGGUGUGGUCUGCCCGGAAAAUCAACAACCUCCGACCGGAGUUUGUCGAGCUUGUUGGCGGAUCUUGUUUGCUCGUGCAAAAUUGGGCCUGUGGUAGGCGCCCAAGUGUGGUCCGGUUAUCUCCCGUGUUCCUAGGUGUCCUCAUAUAUAGCGCACCCGGUUUCCUCUGGCCCCUUAAAGAAGAGCACCUAUGGUUCCGAAUAGUGUGUGUGCGCCUGUAGGUCAGUGAAAAGAAAUACAAGUGCUUGCGUAUGCCAAUCGAACGCGUUCCACCGGCUGAUCCUGUGCGGGAAGAAGGUACCCUUCUAGCACUUCUGCUCCCCCCGCUAGCGACAACGUUCCUGUCCCAUUCCACACCCUACUCCGGUUUCCGCUCCGGGCCGCUACUAUGUUCAAAAGCCGCAGCGAAGGCAAUGUUGUUUACAAGUGCACCGUUCGGUUGCUGGAGGACCUGGAUGUCCUGGAAUGCGAGUUUCAGCCACACCACAAGGGAAGCUUUCUGCUGGACUACGUCUGCGAGCAGCUGGAAAUCACCGAGAAGGAUUAUUUUGGACUACGCUUCGUGGACUCCGCCAAACAACGGCAUUGGCUGGACCUGGCGAAAACGAUAAUCAAACAAGUCAAAGAUGUUGAUCCACUGGUGCUUUCGUUCCGUGUCAAAUUUUACCCUGCCGAUCCACUCCGGCUAACCAAUAAUGGCAAGCUGAUGAUGUACCAGCAGCUCAAGCGUGACCUGCGACAUGGCCGACUUUACUGUUCCGCCGGUGAAGCGGCCGCCCUGGGAGCCCUGAUAGUGCAAGACGAACUGGGUGACUAUGAUGCAGAAUCGCACACCGGAGAUUACGUGUCGUCACUCAAAAUUGCCCUCCGGCAGUCGGACCAGCUCGAGAAGAAGGCGAUGGAGCUGCACCAGAAGCGCGAACCGGGCCAGGAGGCGGUCACGGUGUACGAUGAUUUUGUCGGGAUCGCCCGCAGCCUCGAGACGUACGGGAUCGAUCCGCAUCCGGUCAAAGAUCACCGCGGGACACAGCUUUACCUGGGCAUCAACUUCUCCGGCAUCAGCACGUUUGCGGCCGGCCGCCGAACCCAGCACUUUCGGUGGCCCGAGGUGCACAAGAUUAACUUCGAGGGCAAGAUGUUCAUCAUCCAUCUGGCGUACUCCGAGGAUCGGAGGGAGGUGAAAAAGCAUACCGUAGGCUUUAAGUGCCCAUCCGGGGCAGCGUGUCGUUACGUGUGGCGAUGCUCCAUCGAGCAGAUGUUAUUUUUUACUCUUCCAACCAGCCAACACGCCUCCGUCGUUUCCGGGGGUGGAUUCUUCUCCUGGGGCACCAAGUUCCGCUACUCCGGGCGCACCGAGCGUGAGCUGAUGUCGGAGGCGCUGCAGGCCCUGCGUCAGCAGAAGCUCAACAACACCAGCCCGAGCAAGAGGAAAGCGCAGAGCGUCCCGGCAACACCGUCGAGCCCGCAGGGCGACCUGGCGGAAAUUCGAUAUAGUAGUUUGCCCCGGUCCACCAUGUCGGAGCCGCUGGGCGGCUGCGGUGACCAUAUGGCGUCGUCCGUGUACUGCACCGACAAUCCACUGCCAACACUAGAGACUGUGUCCGAGGAGGCGCGCAAGACGAACGGCGAGAGCAACGACCACCUGUCGGACUACUACUUCCGCGACUCGUUCGAUCACUCGUCGUCGGAGUCGGGCUUCACGGCGGCCGCCAACAGCACGGGUGUGGCCGGCCUCGGCGACCACCAUCACCAUCCGCACCAUCACCACCACCGCCACGGCCACCACGGGCUGCACCAGCUGCACCGGCAGGCGUACACCACGGACAACAUCACGUCCCUGGCCGGGCACAGCGUCACGGCCAACAGUGCGACCGUGAACGCCCAUGCCAAUGCGGCGGCCAGCAUCAUCCAGCAGCAGAACGCGAGCAACAGCGCCAAGACGGCGAAGAAGUUCUCCCUCAUCCAGGCGUUCGUGCCGUCCUUCCUGUUCGUCGUCGUGGUGUUGGUCGUGUCCGCCAUCUACGUGCUCGAGACCGACUCGGAGCUGUUCGCACCGUUGCGCAACUGGCCGGAGAUGAUCUGCCUGCGGUAUCAGUACUAUCAGCCGCUCAAGGAGUUCCUGGCGAAAAAGUUCGGCGCCAUAUUUUGAUUCGUUCUAGCCGGCGGAGGCGGCUCAUCCAGGCAGGAUGACGGUGGUGGUGGUGGCUGCCGGACGGUAACCGAUGGGGCAGGGUAUUCCACCUACUACCAGCACUCACCGGAACGGGAGGCGGCUGGCAACGAGACGACCAUUUCCCUCACGCUCACCCUACCCGUGGCUCAAGCUAUGUAAGCUCGACGCGGGCACUGCAGCGUUGGUGAAUCCUCUUCCUUCUAAGCUAA